AUGCAAGCUGAACGAGCCGGCUUGCAAGCCGGCUUGGCUUGGCUUGGCUUGUUAAUUGAUCUCCACGAUCCGAGAAAAAAAGUGGCUCGGCUCGAGCCGGUGGCAAUCCAAGCCAAGCCGGCUUAUGCGGAGCUUUAUUUAAUAGUAAUUAAAAGUACAUUUUACAGGCGAAUUUUGGAUGUUGCUGGAGCUACUUGGGUCCUUAGCUCUAACCAUAUGCUGAAUUUCCUAAAUGGAUUAAUCAGUUCUCAA